AUGGGCCGUUUGAAAGGUAGAGCGAAGGAGGAGCAUGAGAACCUGAUACAACUAGCAAUAAAGGACUAUUACAAAACACUUGAGCCGUCUAUCAGAGCAUCAGCCGAGAAGUUCAGCAUACCAUGGUCAACUCUUCGUGACCGCCUCCGAGGUGCCCAGAGCAGAAGGGAAAGUCAUCGGCAUCAACAACUAUUGACUGAGUACGAAGAAAAGUCAAUAGUACAAUGGUGCGAACGCAUGGACGACUGGGGAUUUCCGCUGCACUUAAGUCUGGUAAAAGAGAUGGCUGCAUAUCUAGUCUCUAAACGUGCAAGCGGUCGCAAAUUGGGUCAGCACUGGUUAACACGAUUUCUCGAUCGCAAUCCUGAGCUGUCAUCGCGCUUUACCGGACGUAUUGAAAGGCAAAGAGCAUUUGCCAAUAAUCCUAGAUUGUUAAAAGACUACUUUGACAAGCUACGACACGUUAUUAAGCUUUAUAAUAUCCUUCCCAAAAACUCCUACAACAUGGAUGAGAAAGGGUUCAUGAUGGGAAUCGCUUCUAAGUGCAAGGUGAUCUGCCGUUGCGGUCGCAAGAACCCACGCUUGACGCACAAUGGUAACCGAGAAUGGGUGACGGUUAUUGAAACUGUAAAUGCAGCCGGAGAACCUCUACCACCUAUGAUUAUUAAUCAAGGUAUUGGACAUUAUAAAGGGUGGUAUGCAGGAGUAACAGCUAAUGAUUUGGCUACGUUUGGGUUUUCACCCAAGGGUUGGACUGAUACAUUCCUGGGGAUGGAAUGGUUGACUAAAAACUUCGAAAAAUUCAGUGCCGAGACGGCAAAUGGGGCGUGGAGAUUGCUAAUAAUGGAUGGACACGCAUCACAUGUCACUUGGGAAUUUUUUGAUUACUGCCUUAAGCAUAAAAUAAUACCAUUUUGCUUACCUCCACACUCCACCCACCUUCUCCAACCGCUGGAUAUAGGCCUAUUUGGGCCUUUGCAAUGCCAUUACAGCAAUAUUCUAGAUGAGGCUGCCCAAGGUGGUGAAUUGGGCAUCAAUAAGGGCAUGUUCCUGCAAUACCUGUUCAGGGCUCGGCGCAUGACUUAUACUAACAAGAAUAUAUGCGCUGCAUGGGAAGCAGCUGGCAUCUGGCCCUUUAACCCUCGGCGCGUCUCAAACCCCAAAAUCUCGGCGUCUGCAAAUCGCCGAGACUCUUUGGCGAUCACCGCCACCCCUCGCAAUUCUAGGAUGGCUAGAUCAACUACUAAAUUGGCUUUGUCAUAUAUUAAAGGAAACAAUGACAGCGCAUGCAAGUUGCGUGCCAUUGUCAAACAGAUGGAUAAAGGUUUACAGCAGGCUAUUACAGAUAAGGAAAUCAAUGAUCAUGUUCACCAGAAAAUUAGAGAAGCCGCUGCCAAAAAGUCCAAGAAUAAUUUUACAGAUAGGAAGCGGCUUUCUAAAGCGAGGGUGAUUACUACUGAAGAGGUAAUUAGGCUCAGGGAAAUUAGAGAGGCUGCAGAUGCAACAAGAGCAGCCAAAGCCGCUAUCAAGGAAGAAAAGAAAAAGACACAUGACCUUGGUGGCAAAUCAUCUAAAGGGAAAGUUAAAGGGAUAGUCAAAAAAGCGGUCAAGUUAUCUAAUGGGGUUAUGGUACAAAGGAUAGAUCACCAUAGUGAUGAAGAAGAAUGGUUGGAGGAGGAGGAUGGAGGGUCUAGUGAGGAGUAUGGAGGGGGCCGGCAAUGGAAACACAUUGAUGACUUUGAGGCUACCACACCCCAACCCAGGGGAACUAGGGUGACAAGAAGUCAAUUUAAAGGUCAAUAG